AUGACUGAUCUUUUGGUCAAUGCCAAUCAUGUCCCUCAUUCAUCGAGCUUAACGACGACGCGACCACGGAAGCAGACCAGUGCUUCGGCUGGGCCUCUGCCAGCCUCCAAGCGUUCAACCGCCAAUACACAACCCGAGAAUGCGAACGUUGCCCUGGGUGCGCUGUCUCGCGCGUUGAAAGGCACAAGCGACCUAGUGCUUUCCUUGUUAGAUGGCCUGACGGGUCAAGAGCGCCAACACAGGCAGAAACUGGACGAACGCAGGCAGAUUCUGAUCUUGCGUAUGCAGAACGCCGAAACACGGCAACAAUGGCAGGACGCCGCCGAAGAACUCGAUGUCUUCGAGCACAACGGUCUGUGGAAGUUGGACCCGACGACGGCUGACUAUAACCCUUCCUUGAUCGAAGCCCGCCUAAAAGAUCUCGACGAGGCGCGAAUCAACUGCGACAUCCCCGCCAUGCUGCAUCAGGUCCGCACCGCUCUGUCCCGCGACUUGGGAGCCAUGGGCAACGUCGACCUUUACCGCCACUGCUACGUCGGGACGAAGGAGUUGGUCGAGCGCUACGUGGACUCGGCUUUGCAGACUAUCGACGCCUUGGUGGAGAAGAGCCAGUAUGCGCUCCCGGAGGGCAUGAGCCAACGAGACGUGCUGGAGAGCGUCCUAUAUGCACGCCAGAGUUUUGGCCGGAGCGCCCUGCUGUUGAGCGGCGGCGGUACCUUCGGCAUGUCGCACAUUGGCGUCUUGAAAGCCCUCUUUGAAGUAAAACUGCUGCCCCGCAUCAUCUCCGGUGCCUCGGCCGGCUCCAUUGUCUGUUCCGUCAUGUGCACCCGGACGGAUGAAGAGAUACCCCAGGUUAUCGAAAUCUUUCCCUACGGCGACCUUUCCGUCUUCGACGACGCGAGCAGGCCUGACGGCGUCUUCGAUCGACUGCGCAGGCUCCUCACCGAGGGGAGCUGGUCCGACAUCAAACACUUGACACGUGUUAUGCGCGGACUGCUGGGCGACAUCACCUUCCAGGAAGCCUACAACCGGACACGCCGAAUCCUCAACAUAUGCGUCUCGACCGAGUCCGUCUACGAGCUCCCGCGUCUUCUGAACUACGUCACUGCACCCAACGUAAUGAUCUGGUCUGCGGUUGCCGCCUCCUGUUCCGUACCACUCGUAUUCAGCGCCGCGCCCCUCCUGGUCAAGGCGCCUGGCACCGGGGAGCACAUGCCUUGGAACCCUACUCCCCAGCGCUGGAUCGACGGAUCGGUUGACAACGAUCUUCCCAUGACGAGGCUUGCGGAGAUGUUCAACGUGAACCACUUUAUCGUCUCCCAGGUCAAUCCUCACGUCGUACCGUUCUUGGCCAAAGACGAUCAACUCAACCCCGAAGAGACCGACUGGGUUUAUACUGUCUCGUCUCUGGCAAGAGAUGAAGCUCUUCACAGGUUGCAGUUCCUCGCCGAGCUCGGCAUCUUCCCCAACCUAGCCACCAAGCUACGCAGCGUCCUCAGCCAAAAGUAUUCCGGCGACAUCAACAUCCUCCCCCAAGUCGACAUGCUCGAUCUGCCUCGCCUCCUGAGCAAUCCCACAAGCGAUUUUAUGAAGCGGGCGUGUCUGGCCGGCGAGAGAGCAACAUGGCCAAAACUCAGUCGCGUCCGGGACCGGUGCGCCAUCGAACUCGGUCUUGACCGCGCGGUACAUCAACUCCGCGCCCGCGUCGUCUUUUCCGAGAGUCAGGUCGACCUUCGCCGCCUCGCCGCAGGCAUAUCCGCACCACCGCCGCGCAUAAGGCUGAGCAACUCGAGCGGCCCCUCCCCCCCGCAGCACAGGGCCAAGGGGUUCACGCCAGACAGCCCGACCAAGAACCGGCACCGCAGAUUAUCGGGGAGCAGUGUUCAACUGAAGGUACAAAGCCGGCGUCUUCCCCCGGAGGAUAAUACCCUUACCGACGAGGAGACGGAGGAGGAGGAGCGACUGGAGAUGAGAUGCCGACGCGAACAAAACGCCUUGUCGCCUGCGUUGCUUCUUCGGAAACCACGUCCCAAGAGGUCGGCGAAGAGCCAGAACCACGUCUACACGACGCGUCCAGAGAAGCGCCGUCGUCUAUAG